GCGAGGACUCGAGCAGCCGUCAUGGUGUCUUAUUGGAGGCAAGCUGGGCUCAGCUACAUCCGCUAUUCCCAGAUCUGUGCAAAGGCAGUAAGAGCAGCACUGAAACCUCAGUUUAAAACAGAGGCAGAGAAAACAGCAGGAGCCAAUGUAAAAAUUAUAAAACCCAAAACGGAAUGACACACAAGGCCCGUUCUCUAAAAGGAAAAAUGACAACUCGUGGGUAUGCUUAUGGACAGCUACUUCCCGUUUUGUGAAAUCACCAUAUAUGUAUAAAUGAACAUGCCAAUAAAUGAAACUUAAUACAAA